CUGGCCUGGCACCGCGCGGGGGUGCGGGGCGUGCCCCUGUCAAGAGCCAUGCUCGGCAGGUCCGGGUACCGGGCGCUGCCCCUGGGGGACUUUGAUCGUUUCCAGCAGUCGAGCUUCGGCUUCCUGGGCUCGCAGAAGGGCUGCUUGUCCCCGGAGCGGGGCGGCGUGGGGCCGGGGGCAGACGCGCCCCAGAGCUGGCCCUCCUACCUCUGCCACGGCCUCAUCAGUUUCCUGGGGUUCUUGCUGCUGCUGAUCACUUUCCCCAUUUCCGGCUGGUUCGCCUUGAAGAUUGUGCCCACCUAUGAGCGGGUGAUCGUGUUUCGACUGGGCCGGAUCCGCACCCCUCAGGGGCCCGGCAUGGUUCUGCUCUUGCCCUUCAUUGACUCCUUCCAGCGGGUGGAUUUGAGGACACGUGCUUUCAAUGUCCCUCCCUGCAAGCUGGCCUCUAAGGAUGGGGCUGUGCUGUCCGUGGGGGCUGAUGUCCAGUUCCGCAUCUGGGAUCCGGUACUGUCUGUGAUGACUGUGAAGGACCUGAACAUGGCCACGCGCAUGACGGCCCAGAACGCUAUGACCAAGGCCCUGCUCAAGAGGCCUCUGCGGGAGAUCCAGACAGAGAAGCUCCAGAUCAGCGCCCAGCUCCUGCUGGAAAUCAACGAUGUGACCAGGGCCUGGGGGCUGGAGGUGGACCGGGUAGAACUGGCAGUGGAGGCCGUGCUCCAGCCACCCCAGGACAGCCCAGUGGGGCCCAACUUGGACAGCACUCUCCAGCAGCUGGCCCUCCACUUCCUGGGAGGAGGCCUGUCCUCUGUGGCGGGAGGCUUGUCAGCCCCAGGGCCAGCAGACAGCUUGGAGAUGGUGAGUGAAGUCGAGCAGCCUGCCCCUCCCGUUGGUGCUGGGCUAGGCCCAAAGCAGCCCGUGGCGGAGGGACUGCUGACUGCUCUGCAGCCCUUCCUGUCGGAGGCCCUGGUCAGCCAAGUCGGCGCCUGCUACCAGUUCAAUGUCGUCUUGCCCAGUGGUGCCCAGAACAUCUACUUCCUCGACCUCACUACAGGGCACGGGAGGGUAGGACAUGGAGUGCCUGACGGCAUCCCUGAUGUGGUGGUGGAGAUGACCGAGGCGGACCUGCGGGCCCUUCUGUGCAGGGAGCUGCGGCCCCUGGGGGCCUACAUGAGUGGGCGGCUAAAGGUGAAGGGUGACCUGGCCGUGGCCAUGAAGCUGGAGGCUGUCCUCAGGGCCCUGAAGUAGCGGCUUUGGCUGACUAUCCGUAGCCCAGCUCAGAGUCUGGCGUCAAGCCAGGGAGGCAUCUUAGAGGAGAAGGCGGCACUGGUGCCACCCCUUGGAUUGUUGAGGCUCUCCUCAGCCAGGAGCCAAGGGAUGGAGGCUGGGCCGACACCAGAGCUGGGAGAGACUGUGUCAGGCCGCCUUGUCCUCCUUACCUAGAGUGCUUCUCUGGACAAGCCUUUGCCCAUCCUGGUCCCCGGCUGAAUGCCCAGCCCCGAGCCGGGUACACAGUGUGAUAACAAGAGCCAAGCUGGCCCGCUCUGCUGGCGACCUGACUGGAGGGGCGGGGCCCGCAGACAUAGCCUGGCUGCAUGGAUUCGGGCUGGUGUGAGGGAGCCAAGCAUGUGGCUCAGGUCCCAGCUCCAGGGUGGGGAUCAGAGAGGUUGAGUGGUGGAGAAGGAGGGCAGCCACCAAGAAGAGUCACUUCAGGGCAGGGAUUUGGGGAUCGAGCUGGGCCUGCCUUCCCGGUUGUUCUCUAGGCCCAGGCCAGUGGGCAGUGGGGAUGGAAAAGCGUGGGGCCUUCUCCACGUCUGGCCCUGCUCCUGAAGAUGUCUUGACUCGUCCCCCAGCUCCGUCUUGCAUGCCUGACGGGCUGGAGCCCAGGGCAGCAUGUAGGAGAGCCCUGCUGUUCUGUGCUUUUUACCAGAGGUUGGCAAACCACCAAUAAAUGUGCUGUUUACAAUGUAUUGAAGAGAGGUGGGGGCACGGGGUGGGUUGGGGAGUCCCCGAGGCCAUGCCCCUACUGCCACCUGGGCAAGGACCAGGGCUGGGAGGCUGACACACCCUUAAUAUAUGCGUGUGAAUCACCCACAGUUCCCCUCCUGCCAAGGGUUUCAGAGACCCUGAGGGAGGUAUGGGCUCUUCUGUUCCUCUUUGGGGUAGAUGUUGGCUAGGAAAGAGGAUAUGGGUGUGUCAGGGCUGGUCCUGCAAACACCCUCCCGAGGGGCAGGGUUGGGGGGUGAGUCUGAUCACAUUCAGGAGAGGAGUCAGGGCUGCUGUCAGCUCCCUGGCCUCUCCACCCCCACCCCCCGGGGUCCCUGUUUCUCCACCAGCAGAAGGGAAGGAAACAAAAGGAAGUGGGCCUAGAGGUCAGGCCAGGUCUUUAGCCCUGCGAGCCUGGCCCAGCUUUCUGCUGCUGUGCUCCAGCCCAAACCCCAGGGACCCCAGGGAAGGGGCCUUUUACGUCUUCAGCCCUAAGAAAUGAAUCUCACUUCCCGGAAAGGCUUGUGAAAAAAGAAACUCAGAGAAAUCGGGACCUCCCCUUUGUGAAACAGUCCUGGGCUUGUCCUCUGGCACCAGGCUGUUCCCCUCGGGGCCUCUCUAGUUCCCCUGGCACAGUUUAGUUUUCCCCUUUGUUUCUGCGAGUGCCUGCGUUUUCCCUCCCUUGGGAAAUCCUCUUAGCGUGGACUAGGUGGACUUGGGGUUCAGGUUUCAGCUCCCGGGCUCUCCCCAUGGAGGGCCAGAGGCCAGCCAGCUGCCCCUGCUCUGCCCUCAGCUAGAGACUGCCUUCCCUGCAGUCCUU